AUUCAAAGAAAAAUUUGUCAUAUCAAGCAUAAACUCUUCAUUUGUAUUCGGAAGAUAACGCUGGUAAACAACUUUCUUAUAGUUUUCAUUGUCGUUCAGGGAUGGAUUAUGAGUUAUCCUACCUUUAACUGUUGACUGUAGGCUAUCUCCUUAUAGAGGAAAGUGACUGCGAAGACCGAAAUAAGCGUUGUACUCUUCCCAAGGACCACUAAAGGUUUACAGUGGAAUAGCCAUUUCUUCCCCCAAAAGUUGUGGGGUCUCUUGAAGGGAGGGGGACCCUGCAAUACAAGGACGUUCGUUUUGUGUCAACCACCGCGCAAUGCUGGGCCACUUGUCGAGUCCUUUGGACUCCCCCUUAAGCAGUGUGAAAAACCAAACAUCCCUAUUGUACUAACAUUGUACUGAUGCCAAAAAGCAGGCGGAGACCUACAAAAGGACAUACUGCCGUGACUGGGGUUGCGAAAUCUAUCGCAGUUCGCUUUUCAAAUUGUAACCUUAAGACAUUUGGACCAUUUAAACAAUUUUUGUGUGUGUGUUUUUUACUCUUGAGAAGAAAGAACUCCGGUACGAAUGGCUGUGACGGUCUCGAGGGACCUGACCGUGAGCGUGACAACUGAUAUCAACGCGGAUAAGUUGUUUGACAGAACGCAACUGCUGAAAGCAAGCAUCCAGAAAGGGGAGCCGAAGGCAUUAGGAGUCUCCCAGGUCAUGUUGGGAGUGAUUGUGAUAUCCUACUCUAUUCCCCUCCUUUUCACUGAGUUCACAGAGUGUGUGAACUUUGGUGUGCCCUGGUGGAGCGGUCUGUCGUUCAUAGCAGCUGGGGCAGUCGCCAUAAGGAUGGAUAAACACACUAAUAUGAAGAUAGUGGGGGUGUGUUUGCUGAUGACCAGUGCAGCCAUCCUAUUGGCCCUCCUAGCCCUCAUCAUCUAUGUGGUGGAUCUCAGCAUCAACCAAAAAAUAAAAUGCCCAAAAGAGGAAGUUGAAAGUGACUGUAUUGACCAGGCACACAACGAGGAACUGAACAGGAGUUAAAAGUCAUCACUUGUUCUCUUCACCAUCAUCCAGACCACCAUCUCAUGUGUCCUCUCCAUCAACCUCUUCAAGGAGAGAAGGAACAUUGGACGGCAUUACGACACUCUUUGCUCCUUGACUUCAAUCGACCAAUCACAGCUAGUGACACGUAAAGACUGGAACAUUCCCCAUUAUAAGGCUGGCAUCUUAAAGGAGAUGAUGGCGACUAACUUCCACCUCAGCCUCGAACUUUGA